AUGGACUUCCAAGAAGCCAUACAAAGCAAGAAGUGGAAAGAUGGAAUGGAUGAAGAAAUUAAGGCGAUCGAGAAGAACGACACAUGGGAGCUGGCUUCACUUCCUAAAGGGCAUAAGGCAAUUGAUGUGAAGUGGGUGUACAAAGCGAAGAAGAAUUCCAAAGGAGAAGUUGAAAGAUACAAGAUAUACGAAAAAAGCUGGAGUUUGAUGCAACUCCAUGCUCCACAAAUUUCGUCCACUUAUACUCAAGUAUCUGAUCCAGUUGUAGCUCAAAACAUAUAUAUUGAUAGUUCUCAGGAAGAGAUGGAAGAAGAUGUUGAGGAUGAGGUCCAUAAUUGA